AUUCAAGGGUCGUACACACACUCACACACGCUUUUGAACACGAAGGGUGGAAUAAAUUUCUCAUAACGUGCCAACGGGCAAUCGGUCAUUCAUGGAAUUCGCCGUUUCGUGCAUUCUUGACAGAUCAAUGGCAGUACGCUUUGAAUGAAUUACUCGGUUGCCAUGGAGAUGCACAGAACCUAGAUAAGCAAGUGGCGCGCGCGCAGCCAACCGUUCCGAGAUUUUGAAGAUCAAGGCAACACAGACCAGUUUACCAUAUCUCCCACAUGCACGGGAACGGUUUACGAGCAAGCGAGUGAAUCAAAUUGUUUUCAAAUGCAGCAAAUUAUUCAAUUCUGACGCUGGCCCCCUUCCGAUUAACUGCGCAAACACCUUCACCAUCAGCGCGUCGCGUGUCCCACGUGUGCUGUGUACGGGCACGCGCGCACCGUAAGAUUUUCCCGCGCAAAGCCCUGCCACAGCUUCCCAGCGCCGUUCGAUCGAUCGAGCCCUUGACUUAUUACCAUGCUGCUGCUGCUGCUGCUGCUGCUGCUGCUGCUGCCGGUUGCCCGUUGCUGUUGUUGUUGAGCGGAAGGGGCAACUUGCAGAGAGUCGCACAGCCCAACCAGGCCCAGGCAGGCGGUUGCGUUGCGCCGGGCUCAUCGACUGCACCUCAGCGCUCGGCUACAGUAACGUUGCUCCACUGGUGCGAAACAGAUCAGCAAUCGCCGUCGGCUGGAGCUGCUCGUUCUAGACGACCGAGCCCUGGUGGACCUUUUUUCCGAUUCUCCUGCCUGGCCUGCCUGUCGCGCGUUCGGGAAGUUUGUUUUGUUGUUGUUGCUCUUUCUUUAUAAACCCCGAUGUGUUAUGAUUGUUAUAAUUGGAUUUGCGCGUCGAGUUUCCGAUUACGCCCCGCGAGCUUCUUCGCCCGAAGCUAGGCCCAGCACACCCGUCUCUCUACACUGCUGUCUGUGCUGGCUGUGCUGGUCGCAACCGAAGCGAGUCACCGCGAGUCGGGCAGUUGGCUGCAGUUGCUCUCCAAUGCGCACACGGUGCGCCACCGUACGCGAAAACAGUGCCCGUUGCGGAUGGAGCUUAGCCUCAGUCGCUGGCAAGGAGGCGAACGAGUACAAUCGAGCACAUCAUAACGAACACGGAUCGAUCCGCUGUGUGUCGGUCAUGUCUGGAAAGUGAAAAAAUACACCGUGCCGCUUGUGUAGUGUCUUCGCGUGCGCGUGGUCUGGUCGUCAUUAAAAAUGUGAAUAAAACCAAACACCGUGUACGUCCGAUCCAAUCACCACGCGUCGUCGAUCCGGUAGGCUUUCGGAAAGUCCCCACCACAACCACCAACAACAAUCCGAGGGUCUAGCCCUAGAAGGUGGCGUUGUUUGCUCAUCUAAACGGCUCGAAACGGGCCACUUGCAUAAUUGGCUCGUCCGUCCGUCCGUACGGGUGGGAAAGUUCGUAGAACGCGCUUACGCAUAGGCCGGUUCCGUUGUACGCGCGUCUGUGUGUUUGUGUUUUUGUGGUGGGAUUUUGAUAUAUAUCUACAUACACGUACCUGAUGAAUGUGCCCCGAAGAAUGAAUGAAAGUGAGCACGUGCCACGCUAAACAGGCUGUGCGCGAAUCGCGCUUCCGAUCAAAAAGUUCCGCACAGCCUUUUGGUAGUGUUUUUUCCGGCCCUGUGAAAAGUGUGUGUGUGUGUGUGUGUGGAGGAGCGAGUGUUCGAUUACUUUCGCCAAACAUAGCACAAACCUUUUUUUGCCCCUACCCCUCAGUCGCCCUCCAAUGUGUGGGUGUUCUCUUUGCACUAAUUAAAUAAUCAGCCGCGGUAGUCGCGCCGAGCAAGGCAAACAGUCGCGUGUGUCCGUGCUUUGAAGUAGGCUACGCCGAAGUGUUUUGCCCGUAGUUGUUGGUGGUGUCUUGUGUCUUGUUGCCCCCCCUGCAGAACAGCGCAAGAGCACACAGGAGGCGUCGCUUUUGGGAAGGGUAGAUCGGUGUAGCAGGAAACGAAGGUGUAAAACCGCGCCAAACCACGCACCAAGCGUUGCGCGUGUAGCAGUAUUAGUGGUGGCGUAGUGUAGCACCUAACUACUACUCGAAAAAAAAAAAAAACACACCGGAAGCUUGAUGGGGCGUGCAGAACGGGCAACCAUGAAUGGAAGAAGGAGUAGCAGCAAUACGACAAAACCACCCUUAGAACCACAGAUGGAGGUGAAGGAGGAGGACGAGGCGGAGGAUGGUGGCGAGGAGCCGGAGAUACUGGAGAGCGAGAAGAUGCUGGCUGAGGAACCGUUCGAUUUGGAUGAGCUACUGCCGGUGAUUGGCGAGUUUGGACGGUAUCAGAAGCUGCUACUCUGGCUAAUAUGUCUCCCAGCCUGCAUACCCUGCGGGUUCUGUGCCUUCAAUCAACUGUUCAUGACGGAUGUGCCGGAGGAGUACUGGUGCCGGGUGCCGGAGCUCGCCAACUUCACCGCCGAGGAGCGCAAGCUCUACUCCAUACCGCUGGUGGAGCAUGACGGGGUGGAAAGUUACAGCAAAUGCUCCCGCUACGCAGUGGACUGGAAGGAGAUACUGAACUACAGUGACGCGAGCGGGGAACCGCUCGCACCGAACAGCUCCUGGCCGACGGAACCGUGCCGGGAGGGAUGGGAAUACAACACCACCGUGGUGCAGUCGUCGAUCGUGAUCGAUUUUAAUCUCGUGUGCGAUUACGACAUCUAUCCAACGCUUGGGCUCGUCGCACUCAACACCGGCGGUCCGGUCGGCGUGUACCUGUUCGGGCUGCUGAACGAUCGACUCGGCCGCCGGAUAUCGUACUUCUCCUGUCUGGCCACGCUGCUCGUCGGCAGCUUUAUUACCGCCGCUAGCAGCAGCUUCUGGAUGUGGGCCUUCAGCCGGGUGAUCGUGGGCCUUACCAUACCGGCCGUCUAUCAGAUCCCGUUCAUCAUUGCGCUCGAGCUGGUGGGGCCCAACUACCGCUCGUUCGUCACCGUGAUGACCUGUACGUUCUACACGUUCGGCAUUAUGAUGCUGGCGGGCGUUACCUAUCUGAUACGGGAUUGGGUCCUGCUGACGCUUUACACUUCCGUGCCGUUUCUGCUCUACUUUCUGUAUCUGCUGGUAAUGCCUGAAUCGCCCCGGUGGUUGCUGAUGAAGGGUAAGCUGGAGCAGGCGCUACUGAUACUGGAGAAGAUGGCACGUGUCAAUGGGAAGCAGUUGCCGGAUAGCUUCCGGAAGCGAUUGCAGCAGCGCGUGCUGGCGGAGAAAAGCCGUACGACCAAACGGACGGAAGCCACGAUCGGUGCGUUUGAUCUGUGCAAAACGCCCAACAUGAGACUGAAGACGAUACUGAUUACGCUGAACUGGUUCGCCAAUGAGACGGUAUAUCUCGGGUUGAGCUAUUACGGGCCGUCGCUUGGGGAGAAUCAGUAUCUCAGCUUCUUUCUGUCCUCGCUGGUGGAGAUACCGAGCUACAUCAUCUGCUGGAUCAUCAUGGAUCGGUGGGGUCGUCGGUGGCCAAUGUGUUUACUGAUGAUACUGAGUGGAAUUAGCUGUAUAGUGACUGUCGUAUUGACGGAGGAUGCCGUAACGGAGACUCUCAUCCUGUAUCUACUCUCAAAGUCGAUGAUAUCGGCCUCCUUCCUGAUCAUUUACCCAUUCGCUGGGGAACUUUACCCGACGCAGGUGCGAGGUGUUGGCAUUGGGACGUCCAGCUACAUCGGAGGAUUGGGUCUUAUCGUCAUCCCAUUCAUUACAUACUUGGGCAAAGAGAACCUCCGCCUACCGCUCGUCAUAAUGGGCUGCGUGUCCGUGCUCGGUGGCUUCACCGGCCUCCGCCUCCCGGAAACCCUGCACCACCGACUCCCGCAAACGCUCGAGGAGGGCGAACUGUUCGGCCAGGACUGGACGUUCGACGAGUGUUUCCGCUGCAUACCGAGCAAAAAGUCCCCGACCAGCUCGUACGAGAACCUGUCGCACGAUCCGUCCGACGCGGCGCUCGAGCUGAACGCGGGCGUCCCCAUCAAUGCGGGCCCCUUAGCGACUGGGUCCGGUUCCUGCUCGACCGAGCGGACACCGCUCGAGCUCGCCCGGAUAAGGCGCCAGUCGAUGAAGCGACUCGUACGGCAGGCCAGCACGAUGGACACGCAAAAGACGAAGGACGGUGCUAUGCAGCUGACCUAUUGGUUUUAAGGAGGGCUCGCCCCGGGGCUGGUGAGAAGUUUGCGAAGGUUUGUGAUAUAUAUAGCGAGAACGUUUCGUUGCAUGUGAGUACAGCAGGUUUAGAACAAAAUGACACAGACACCGUGGAUGUAUUUUUUUGUAUUAACAAUAAAGAAAUACGUAUAUGUAUAUUUUCGAGAUUUUCUCAUUCAUGGGAUUUGUAUGUGUGUAUGUCUCGGUUGAGUGUGCCUGCUGCCCCUGUUUCACUGUCACUGUUUGCCUUUUUUCCUCUGCCUUUUUCUCUGCGCUGUUCUACUCUCUUCUGUAAGAUGUGCUCUGGCAAUGGGUUCUCUUUUUUAUUUGUUUUGUUUGUCUAGUUUAUUUCAUAUAACAUACGAUCUCCUCUCUUUUGUUGGUGUGUGUAUGUGUGGAUGAUAUAAGUUUAUAUAGUUUAUGGUUUUUGUUUGUAACACGUUUACUUACUGGCUGACGAUACUGGGUUUUGUGUUUUACUCUUUAGCUGAGUGUGUGUGUGGUUGUUGCCCUUUCUGCGGUGCACUGGGGUCCAGGCUUAUACAUUUAUAUAUUGGGUAAGUAGUGGUGAUGAUCGCCGGCCUAUUUUCUGUCCCUUCCUUUCGUAUGGGUUGUUCAUACACACGCACACAAACACGUCUCUGUGGUUUACUCUUAUAAAUCGGACAGUAUAACAUUGAGUAUAUUUCGCAAAUAUAGUGUAUUCGUUUCAGUAUCUGUAGUCCUUUCCACACGUUUUCUCCCCUUUUGUUCUCUUUUCCUGUUUUCUCUUCUUCUUUUUGCACAGCUUUCCUUGUUUUUUGUUUGUUUUUUCUUCUUCUAUUUAAUAUUUAAAUAGUAUAUCAUUUGUAAAAGUAAAACUUACUUGCUAGUGUCCUUAAAAGGUAUAUCGUUUGUUCUCUUAUCUUUUUCUCUCUUUUUAUUCCUCUUUCCUCUUUCUCUGUUUUUCCCCGACAGUCCAUAAAGAAAGUUUUCUUCUGUUUUCUAGUAUAAUAUCGUGCUGCUUCCUGUUUUUUUUAACAUCACUUUUUCUCUUUUUUGCCUGUUCGCCUUACGCUACUUGGUUACUGGUUUAGUGAAAAAAAAAAACACAGACACACAUGCAUGCAUGAUUUCGUUUGUCAGCUCAUUUGCUUCGCUUCUCUUAUCUCAGCUUCAGAAGGACACACACACACACACACACACACACUCACACACACACUCAGACACACAUACCACGUGUUGGCAUAAUGGUUUUUUUGUUCUGCACCGUCUUCGGUAAUGCAGUUUUUUCACUAUCUUUUGGAGGAUAUGUUUCGAAAUCGUUUCUCCAGUUUCUCGUCCCUUGGCUAACAACUAAUAGGAUGAUAUUUUGAACGUGUCGAUUCCACAAUCAAAUCGAAACUGUGGCUCACACAAAUACACACAUACAGACCUACACAUUUACACAUCAAACCGGGCGAUCUCCUAAUAUGCGCAAGUUUGUACUAGUAAAACAAAUCGGGAAGGACGACGAAACCACAAUUAAUCUAGCUAAUAAGUUACUAAUAAGCAACACAGGGCGCAAGCGUGCGUGCUGUUUGAGGAGGGGGCAAAUGGGGGCGGACGGUGAGGAAACAACAACGGGGUGCAACAACGAUGGACACAUUGAUACGUGCGAAUUUCCACUGCUCUUAAUGCUAAAAUGCCUUACGAACGAACGUCUUGUAGCAAAUUGUAACUGAACGAGAAAAAUGCGUGAUGGUGGGAGUUCUAUGGCUAUUCAAACGCGAAUAAUAGUAUUUUUGUUCUGCCUUUUUCUGCUUCUGUUUAUCGCUGUAUUAUCAUCUCUUUCAACUAGUAUUUGAUGCUUCUAUAUAUUUAAUCUUUUUUUGUCUUGUUGUUGUUGUUGUGUUUCUAGAUAGAAUAUUUAUGAGGACGGAAGUUAAAUGGUUCAUUUAUGUAUAUUUAUAUUUAUUUCAUAUACUCUUUCUCUCGUAUUCUCUCUUUUAUAUUGUUAGUGGUACAUUCAGUGGUUUUGUUGUCCCCUAUGCCUGUGAAUAAGUGUGUUUGUUGCAAAAUUGAAGAAAAAAUCGCUCGUAUAAAAUGGUUUUUGCGCAUCAUUUAAAAUAUCAGCAAAUACACAUUACGUACUGACAAUAUUUAUAUAUCCAUCUAAAUACAGUGAGGUAAUACAGCAAAGGCGACUAACAUUGUGUUAUCGAAUGAUAAAGGCUGUCGUGAGAGAUGAAAUUUGGAAAGCUUACGUGCCUGGGGCUGUGUUUUUAUGCUUGGUAGAUUUACCUUUUUUGUUUCCCCAUAUUUAUUAUGUCUCUAUUCAUUGAGGAAAAACAAAGAUUUAACUCAAUGAUCUGCAAAAAAGAAGCUUUCGUUCGUCCAAUAGGUAGCUGUGUACUAUCAAUUAUAUCACAAAAUGGUGCCAAAAAAUGUGGUCAAAAACGUAAGGGUACGCGCGAGAUUUGUACGCGGCCACUGUAAUGCCGCCGCCUUUUAAAAGGACACCUCAUAGCUUUUCUUACUAAAACGUAUUAACAUCCAAAGGUACACUAAAAUGUAUGUAUAUUCCACAUUCGCUUGUUUUUUUUUUGUUGGUUUGUUUGUUUUUGAUCCAUCCAUUCCAAAAAAGUCAGCAGCUUUCGUUGGCUUAAGAGCGAAGAAUUUGAUUCUGCUCCUAAGAAUGUAUAUCUACGCGUAACACACACACUACACGGUUCAUCACGGUCAUUGUAUAUUAUCCACUAAGCAGAAAAUUUGGUUCCCUUUUGUUGUGUUUUACUUUUUUUCAUUCUCUUGUCUUAGUUGUGGUUGCGUUGUUGUAUUUUCCGCUCUUCAUCGCAUAAUUUUUACCUUUUCCUAAUUCAUUCCGAAAGUCUUGUUUGCCGAUGUGUUGUACAAUCGUGUUUAAUACGGUGUGCUUCUAGUUACAGCUACAGUUUACAGGGUAUAGGUUAACUUCAAGGCAUUCGUUUUUUUAUGUCUUUUUUCUUCAUUUUGUUGUUUGCUGUGUGCUUUGCGUCGAAUAAUAUCAGGAGGCUUCAGGUAUUUUGUUUGUGUCAUUUUUUCGCUUAUAUUCUUAUGUUCUCUGUUUGCUAUAUGCGUCUGUAAGGUAUGUGCGAUGUGGAGGAUUCUAUUUCUUUAAUUAAUUUCCUUCAUUCUUUUCGAUUCGAUUUUCCGUUUAUCUUCCGUUCCUGCGAGGCAGGGCAGAACAAUAAAAUGGCACUUUCAGGUAUCUGUUUAAUUCGAUUUGUUCGUUUCUGUACGUGUCUUGGUUGCCCCGUUGUACCUAUCAAAUGCAUCAGUGAAAAGUAAUGAAAAGAUGGCUUUAAUGUUUACAAGAAGUUAAAGGCAAACAUUUGUUCGAAAUUGGUAAGGCGCUACUAGCCGGACACUUGAAUAAUGGUGAGUCUUUGUGGGCAUGUCAAUGUUAGGCACGUGUGAAAUGGGUUACGGUGUUCUUUUUUAAAGAUGCCUCCGAUCUGAUCUGAUACGAAGUGCUUCGAAGAGUACGAGAUGAAUUGAACGUUAAAUUGAACGGUUCACACUUGAAUGAAAGGCGACUUAAGGGAGGGACAAAUUAAAAGAGGCUUGUAGCUUCACAGGUUUUUUUUUUUUUAAUAAUAGUUCACGCUUACAAUCGCUAUCGUAUCGUAGUGUUGGUAAAAACUAAAACCUUAAACAUAAAACCACUUUGCUAACAAACAAAAAACAUAUGUACAGAAGCAUUCUUAAGCUCGAGCUCGAUAUAAUUAAACUACUAAACAAA